AUGGAGGAAGAUAGGGAGGAGGAGGAGGAGACAACACCAAGAUCACCAUUCUGGUUACAAACCACCACCAACCUCAGCCGUAUCCAACGCUACCGCCGCCGUCUCUCCGCCCUCUUCUUCAACUCCGUCGUCUUCAUCAUUUUCUUACUCUUUCUUGCACUUCUAUCCAUGGUGUUCAUCAUCCCAUCUCUUAUUCAAUCCUCAUACCACAUUUUUAAACCAAAUUCAGUCAAAAAGAGUUGGGAUUCCAUUAACUUAAUCUUGGUUUUGAUCGCUUUAGCAUUUGGGUUUCUUGGUAGAAACAUUAAUAACGAUGAUAAAUUGAGUUUUGAUAAUGAAUUUGAUCGGAGUUCUGAGCCGGAAUUAUCAACCGGAGCUCCGAUCAUGACUACGGAAUCAUCAACCCACCGGCAAUGGUAUGAUUUCCGGGAUCAACCGGUGAAUUCUGUUAUUGGAUUAAGGAGACAAAGGACUAGCAGCUCUUAUCCUGAUCUCCGCGAACUAUCGCCGCCAAAGAACCACCGUGCCACAGGUAAUCGGCGGUUUUCAGAUGAUACACAUUUGGAUUAUUAUCGGGGUUUGGAGUCUAACCGGAAUUAUCUCCGGCAACGGAGCCGGAUAGAACACUAUGGUGAUUCAUUUUCCUAUACUCCGCCGCUACAACCGCCGAAUCCGGAAGAAGGAUUACAUUUUCCGCUACCGGAACUGCCGUCUCUCCCGCCGCAGCCGCCACCGCCACCGCAGACGGCGGCCGUGAAAAAGAAGACGAAGAUAAUAUAUCAGAAUGCAGGUGGAGAAGAUAGAGAAGGAAGGAGGAGCUUGGUGACCGGAAAAAUCUGGUCGCCGGGAAAUGAGCCGUCGGAGUAUAACGGCGGGAGAGGUGAGAGGAAAAGAGGCGACGGAGAAAGGAGAAGAGCUAGAAGCUCCGAACCGAGAAAAAUAUUAUCGCCGGUGAUAGAUCCGGUACCGGAACCUUCAUCACCGCUGGCGUUUUCGCCGUUGACUAAAGGAUUUUUUACUUCUUUUUACCAUAAGAAGAAAAAAAAGCGACAGAGAGAUCGGAGCGUCGACAAUUUAUAUUCUCUUUUACACAAUUCACAGCCGGCGCCGGUGAGAUUUUACCAACCACCGCCGCCUCCUCCGCCGCCGCCUCCGUCAAUUCUCCACAACUCGUUUCCAUCUAAGAAAGAAAAGCAAAAGAGAGUUACAACAGUCACACGAGCUCCUCCUGCACCUCCGCCGCCGCCGCGUACCAAAAUCCGUCCGCCACCAUCCACCGUAACACGAGUGGCGCCAUUCACUACCGAUAAGCCACGUGCACCGUUGACGAUGAGCAGUUUCACCGCCAUUGAUGACAGCUCAAGCGGCGGAGAUUCACCGAUGAAGAAUAUUCCUCCGCCACCGCCGCUGCCGCCGUUCAAGAUGCCGGAUUGGAAGUUCGCCGUGGAAGGUGACUUUGUUAGGUUGCAGAGUACGCUGAGCUCCAGAAGCGUGUCUCCUGAUGGCGAUGAAGCUCAUUCUCCGUCGUCAGACGUGGAAGAGGCGGCGAUGGCGGUGGCGCCGCCACAUGAAAGCUGA